CAUUGCUAUUGUUAGUCUCAUUUAUUAACCAAAUUCUAAAUUCAUAAAUCUAUCUUUAUCUUCUUCUUUACCAUGCAGAAAACAAAGUCUCACAGAUUCUGCCAGAGCUGCUUGAAGACUAUUUCCAUCCGUUCUUAUGGAGACUGUGAAGGUGGCGGAGACAAGGGCAUUAAGGCCAAGUUGGCCAAGAAAAUACCCGUGGAGCGUGAAAAGUUUUUAGGUAUCAAAUGUCUGCACGGCACAAAGACGAUUGCCAAGAUCAGCGUUAAUAGCGUGAUUGGUGGAAUGCGAGGACUUCCGCUACUGUUUUGUGAGACCUCCAGCCUGGAUAAAAACAAGGGCAUUUUCUACCGCGGAAUGUUGCUGAAGGAUGUGUGUGCAAAGCUGCCGCGGGUGCGUGAGGGGUCGCAGGAGGGCACUCCGGAGGGCGUCUUCUUCCUGCUGACCACCGGCGAGAUGCCCAAAAAGGAGGAGGCCGAGGAGGUCACCAAAGAGUGGGUGAAGCGUGGCAAUGUUCCGCGCUAUUGCCUCCGGAUGAUUGACUCCAUGGACAAGCGAGUACACCCGAUGGCCCAGCUGUGCGCCGCCUGCGCCUGCCUCAAUGCGCAGAGCAAGUUCGUGGAGGCAUACAACAAGGGUGCCAAGCGGGGGGUCUACUGGGAGUCCAUCUACGAGGACUCGAUGAACCUGUGCGCCAUGCUGCCCGCCGUGGCGGCGGCCAUCUACAACAACGUGUUCAAGGAGGGCGAGGGCUCCCGGGAGAUCAACAAGGAGCAGGACUGGUCGGGCAACUAUUGUCACAUGCUCGGACUGCCUGACGAGGACUUCAUCGACCUGAUCCGGCUCUAUAUGAUCCUGCACGCGGACCACGAGAGCGGCAACGUUUCCGCCCACGCCUGCCACCUGGUGGGAUCGGCGCUCAGCGACCCUUUCCUGUCCUUCUCGGCCAGCAUGUGCGGUCUGGCAGGACCGCUUCACGGCCUGGCCAACCAGGAGGUGCUCGUCUGGCUGACGAAGCUCAGGAAGGCAAUCGGCGACGAGCCCACGGACGACGAGCUGAAGAAGUUCAUUGACGACACGCUGCAAAGUGGACAGGUUGUUCCCGGCUAUGGACAUGCCGUGCUGCGGGACACCGAUCCCCGGUUCGUCCUGCAAAACGAGUUCGCCAUGAAGCACUGCAAGGACGACGCGGGCGUGAAGCUGGUGACUCGUCUGUGGAAGAUCAUACCAGACGUGCUCAAGAAGCUGAACAAGGUGGCCAAUCCGUAUCCAAAUGUAGACGCCCAUUCGGGCGUCCUGCUGCAGCACUAUUGCCUGAAGGAGCUGAACUACUACACGGUCCUCUUCGGCGUUUCCCGGGCGCUGGGAGUUCUGUCCCAGCUCAUUUGGUCACGGGCCUUGGGAGCACCCAUCGAGAGGCCGAAGUCGUUCUCCUCGUCGGAGCUUUGCAAGUAUAUCAAGGAAGCGGACAAAAAGGACAAAAAGAAAAAGUGCUGAGACAAUUUCUUUGAAAACCGAUUUAUUUGCCUAUCGAAUAAUCUACAAUUCUGUAUUUUUGUACUAAGUAGUUAAUCGAAUCCCCCAAGAACAGGAGUUAUUAAAACGGUUUUCCCAUCUUUCAACUUCUAAA